CGGGGGUCUUUCUCCGGGUUUGCUGGAGCAAGGAGCCUUCCGCGGCGAGCGCUGGGGCGCGGCGCCAUGAAGAAGGUGGCUGUCAAGCCGUCGCUACCCAAGCUGUUCGGUGGGUCGCGCUCCCGCGCGGGGAGCCGGUUGCUACGGACGCAGCGGCCGCCGCUGGCGGGCGAGCGCGCGGGGCCGCGGCGGGGGGCUCCACACAGCUCGGCCGCCUCGGCUCCCGGCGGCGCAAGGCCGCGUUCCCAGCCCGGCUGGCACCAUGAAGUCUCUAAAGAAGGAGUCCCGCCUCAGAAUACCUCCAAGCAGAUUCUUGGAGGCCGCAGAGAACUUGAAAGAAAAGAAGCGGGCAAAGGUACUUGAACAGCCCACGCCCCCCGUACAGGAAGAACCUGAACCUGUUAGCAAUGUCCUCCAAGGAGAUGACAUCCUUGCCUUAGCCAUUAAGAGGGAAGACUUGAAGAAGCAACACAUUCCUCGCCUUCCUGAGCCAGAAGAGAAACCUACCAUUACCCACAAAGUUAUCAUUCGUAAGCUCAAACCCAAGGAACCUGGGAGGAAGGUCUGCCACUUGGUAGCACAUCCUGCGACUCCAGAUGCAGCCACGAAGCCCCUGGACUACUCUGCUUGUCUUUCCCCUUCCCUCGUUUCCCCCACCCCAGGUCCGGGUGACAGCUUGUAUGGGAGUGAUAAGAUCCUGCCCCACCACAUCCUGGGAAGCCUCCAGGACUUUAAGAGAAUGGCACUUGCUCGAGGGAACACCCAGCUGGCUGAGCUGAUACAAACCCCACCCUGCCUGAUGACCCUCAUCUCAGCAAAAGAAGAACCAAAGCAAAAAACUCCCAAAGAAGAGAAGACACAUCUCUGGGCGCCCCCUCCUCAGCACAACUUUCUGAAAAACUGGCAGCGCAACAUAGCCCUGUGGAAGAAGCAGCAGGAAGCCCUCAGCGAACACCUGAAGAAGCCAGCCAGUCAGCUGCUGAUGCACUUGGGGGAGACCUACAGACAGAUCAAGGAGGAGCAGGAACUCAUUGACCGCGCACUUCCUGCACAGUACGACGGGAAGGCCUGUGGGGAGAGUGGUGGGUUCUGGGGUCGACUGGAAUAUUUGGGAGAUGAAAUGACAGGCCUGGUCAUGACGAAGACAAAAACUCAGCGUGGCUUCGUGGAGCCUAUCACACACAUCAGGAAGCCCCACUGCGUGCGGGUGGAGACGGGAUUACCAGCCCAGGGGGAUGCUUGGUACCGAUACACCUGGGAUCGGAGUCUCUUUCUGAUCUCCCGUCGCAAGGAGCUGCAGAGCAUCAUGGCAGAGCUGGAUUUUAGCCAGCAGGACAUCGAUGGCCUGGAGGUGGUGGGCAGAGGGCAGCCUUUCUCGGCUGUUACAGUGGAAGACUAUACAGCUUUUGAGAGUGCCCAGGAGAGCUCCUCUGAAGACACAGUGAGCUUAGAAUUAUUGGCCGGUUGCCCCGAUGUGGACCCUAUGCCUAUUCUUGGCCCUUCUCUGCUGUUCUGUGGGAAGCCAGCUUGCUGGAUCAGAGGCAGUAACCCAGAGGACAAGAGGCAGAUUGGAAUUGCUGCCCGCUUGACCUUUGAAACCCUAGAUGGGGAGAAAACGUCUUCAGAACUGACUGUGGUCAAUAAUGGCACAGUGGCCAUUUGGUACGACUGGCGGCGGCGCUUCCAGCCGGACUCUUUCCACGAUCUGAAGAGAAAGAGGAUGCAGCGAUUUUACUUUAACAACCGGGAAGGUGUGAUUCUACCUGGAGAAACUAAAAACUUUACCUUCUUCUUCAAGUCUUUGAAUCCUGGGAUCUUCAGGGAAUCUUGGGAGUUUGGCACUCACCCUACGCUGUUAGGAGGUGCUGUCCUGCAGGUCAAUCUCCAUGCAGUCUCCCUGACUCAGGACAUCUUUAAGGAUGAGAGGAAGUUACUGGAGAAUAAGCUGGCUGCCCACGAGGCGGUUACCAUUGUGGAGAGCGUGCUACAUGAGCUGCUGAGUGGGAUCCUGACCCCAGAGCGCACGCCAUCACCUGUGGAUGCCUAUCUCACCGAGGAGGACUUGUUCCACCACAGGAAUCCUCGGCUGCAUUACCAGCACCAAGUGGUGCAAAACCUGCACAGUCUGUGGCGUCAGUACAUGGUGCAGCCCCCCAAGGCCGAGGUGGCCAGGCUGGGCGAGGAAGAGACCUUCAGUUCCAGGACCCGGGUGACCACGGAGAAGUCCUCAUUGAGCAUCGAGAUCUCAAGGCAAUUCAGGAGCCCAAUCUUGGAAACCCAGCAGCCCCGGCCCGAGAAUGAGGCCCUCAGGUACUCCCAAGAGUCCUUCAGGACCCAGAAGAACGGGGUGAUGACCAAGACUUCUCCCUGGAAGAGCAUCAUGGAGGAGAUCCUGGUGGAAGGCAGCCCAGACGUGGAGAGCACCAAGAGCCCCUGGGAACUGGACGGCCUUCCCCAGCCCGAGUGGAACCUCUGCUUGGAAGACUUCAGAAAGGCAGUGAUGGCGCUCCCUGAAGAGAACCAGAGGGAAGACGCCCUCAUCAGGCUCAACAAAGGAGCCCUGGAGCUGUGCCAGGAGCAGAGGCCAGUGCAGUCCGACUUUCUGUACCAGACAUGUUUGCAGCUGUGGCGGGAUGCGAUUGACAGUCUGGUGAGCCAUUCCCUGUGGCUGCGGGCUCUGCUGGGCCUGCCUGAGAAGGAGACCAUUUAUUUGGACUUGCCGGAUGAGCAAGAUGGAAAAUCACCUCCCGUCACAGAAGCCAAAGCCAGUACUGGAAGAGUUGGGAAGGAGGACCGAAGAGGGGCAUCCCAGGAAAAGAAGCAAAUAGGAAUCAAAGACAAAGAGGAUAAAAAAGGAGCCAAGUUGCCAGGGAAAGAGCAGGACCGCUUAAACAGCAAGAAGCACAAGGCAAAGGACGAGAAGAAGCUAAUGAAAUCUUUCAGCCGGGACAGGCUUUCCUUGGAUGAUCCUGCCCCUGACAGUAACAUCCCUUCGCAGGAUCCAAUAGAUCCCCUGGUCAUGGAGAAGUACUUGCAGAGGCUGCACAUCGAGGUCUAUGGGCUGCUGGAUGACCUGGUGACAGACCUCAUGGUCCUGGCAGAUGAGCUCAGCCCCAUAAAGAACGCCGAGGAGCCUUCCAUCUUUGCAGCUGACUCACGGGCCUGAGCCGCCUUAUGGGAAACCAGUUACUAAACAAAGCAAUAAAGCACCUUUACAUUUCUA